UUGUUUUUCAGAGGUUGUAUUGUGUAUAAAAUAACGAUUAAAAUGUAACGUUAACUUAAAAAUGUACGAAGAUAUUGAAUUGCCUGUAAGAAGCAGAUGUAGACUAUCUAGCGGAUCUAGAACUAGAAUAUACUUUAUUAGAAAUUCUGCAGGACAGUCUUUAUUUUUCCUAAAAUGGGUUGAAUUGGUUUUAAGUGUUUUAUGUCUAUGUUCUGCUGUUGUAACAGUUAGUGCAGGGCCAAUAAGAGAAACCAUAACAAUAAUCAUAUUAUUUUUUAUAAAUUCUUUUACUAUACUAGUAGUGCUAGCAGAAAUAACAUAUUCGCAUUUUAAAAGCUAUUUAUCCGUAAUACUACAAAUUCUAAUUAUUGGUAUAAAUUGUGUACUAAAUAGCACAAUUACCAUAUUACUGUAUAACGUUAAUAGUAGCAACGUAUUAUUUGGCAUAUUGAUAUACUUAAAUGGAAUAACUUCCGUUUUGUUUUUGGUUGAUUUAAUAUGUAAAAUUGUCAUAUCGAUUUUUCUUUACCAAAUAACAGGAGUGAAAAUCGUAAAAGAUGUUGGAGUCAGUGCCUUUAUCCCAUUUCCAUCUCCUCAAAAGACCAAAAUACCUCGAUCUAUAUUAACCGCAACCCCUAUCACCUACGGGGGAACUUUUCCAGUUGGAAAGAAUCAGCCUCCGUUUUUAGCCGAAGACCGAAAUCCUCCCAUAGACUUCGCAACACCAGAUAAAGGAUUCCGACAAAAAACAAUAAAUACAACGGCGUUUAUUGAAAAUAAAGACAAAUCACCCAAAUACGAUUUUGAUAAAGAUGCCAGAAGUAAAUUUAUACAGGCGCGUAUCGAUCAACAAGAUAAAGCAACAACUACCUUUGCCCUAUUACAUAUGGAAGAAGAGAGACGUAAAAAAUCACCCUGGACCUGUUCCACACCAUCCACAAGUCGAAAAUUCGAAGCCAGGAAACUAGCGUCCAUGUCCACUCCUAUAACCUAUAGUGGAACAUUUGCAGUUAACAAAGAACUAGUUCCUAUUACUCCAGAAACAAUAAUGAAUUCGCCACAAACCUCACCCAGAAUUAAAGAGUCUAUUCUGAAGAGGGCAAAAGAAGGAGCAGGAUCAAAGUCGGAGGGCAACUCUCCCCGAACACUGGGUUAUAUCUCCGAGGAAAAGUAUUCGGAAUAUACGUCAUCGUCGGACAACUGUUCUUUAAAGAGGUCGAGUUAUGUAUUUAUAAAAAAUGCUGAGACCAUUCCGGGAACUGUGAUGGACGAAAUGGACUCUUAUCAAUACAAACGGAUGCAGUACGAACAAAAUUAAUUUAGUUCUACAGUAAAUUCAUAUUUUUGUAAUGUAAAAAUAUAUUAUUUAUUUUAAAAAAUA